CGCAGAGCCAUGCAGUGCAUUGCAGCCGGCGCUUCCUCUGCUGAAUGGAAUGAAAGCAUGUCCGGAUCGCGUCGUGGCGCUGACACCGAGUGAGCUCUGCAUCUUUAAAACAGAAAAAAAAACCCGGCAAAGAAAAACACACAAGCAGCUCAGUCAUAACUGUGGGAUGAUAAGGACUACCUCUUUUUACUUUUGGAGAGAGCCAAGCCGUUAGGAGAGCAUUCAGCAUCAGCUGUUCAACACUGGUCUCUCAUUGCUGGAAGUCGGGGCUGAAUCAGUCACAUGACAGAACUGGAGGCAGAGAUCUAGAGAAAAGGCACAGCAUUUCGGCUUGCACCGCCAUACUGUAUUUUGAGCCAUAUCACAUUUUUAUUGCAACAUUUUACUCCCGCUCGGAGGGCAACUGGAGGAGAAUGACUGGUAAAAUCCAAACCAGCAACGUGACCAACAAGAAUGACCCGCGCUCCCUAAACUCCAGAGUCUUUAUCGGCAACCUCAACACAGCCAUUGUCAAGAAGACAGACAUAGAGGUCAUCUUCGCCAAGUACGGCAAGAUAGUGGGUUGCUCCGUGCACAAAGGUUACGCCUUUGUACAGUAUUUGAAUGAGAGGAACGCCCGGGCAGCUGUGGCGGGAGAGAAUGCCCGUAUCAUCGCUGGACAGCCUCUUGACAUAAACAUGGCGGGUGAACCCAAGCCGUACAGGCCCAAAGCCGGCUCCAAACGGCCGCUCUCAGCUGUUUAUAGCGGCUAUGAAUUUGACUAUGAGUACUACAGGGAUGAUUUCUACAGCAGGCUUUUUGACUACCACGGCAGAGUGGCCCCCCCACCAAGAGCCGUGAUCCCCCUCAAGCGCUCCAGGGUGAUCGCUCCCUCCUCCCGCCGCGGGAAGACCUCCUUCCCCAUCAAGACGUCCUCCUCUUCCUCCUCUUCAUCCUCCAGACCUCCCACAUCCUCCUCCGGGCUCAAACCAGUGAAGACGGACCAGCUUCAGACUAUCAAACGGGAGCUCACCCAGAUCAAGAUGAAGAUCGACUCUUUGCUGGGACGCCUGGAGAAGAUCGAGAAGCAGCAGAGAGCCGAGUCCGAGGCUCAAAGAAAGUACGAGGACAACUGCGACUCCCUCCAUGAGGAGUCCGUGUCAGAGACGGCAGAAAACUCUGGGGAGGAGGCCGGCGAGGGGGCGCUGGACGUGGAGGCGGGCGAGAUGACCGAUGGAGGCGAGGACGACUACGACGAGGAGGGCAGCCACCAUCUGAUAGAGAACCAUGUAUCGGAUAUUGACAACUGAGACCCGGAUGAGGCGGCAGACACCCCCCAGCCAGUGGUAUUAGAAUUCAUCAUCACCUUCAAGAGACGGAAAAAGGAUCUCUGAGGGAUCAAGACUCUCAUUCUGGACUGUAAGUUGUGCUCAAGAGAUGCCGAAAUCACAUUUAGAUGCCCAACUGUGCAGCACAAGCCAAACGUGAUGUGCUCUCUAAAGAAAAUGUAUUCAAGACCCAUUUUAAUGCAUUGGCCUGAGUUCACCUCAUGGAUAUUCUGUGCAACCUAUAUUUCAUUGCAAGAGGCUGACAGUAUCAUGUGCUAAUCCUGUUCCUGAAAAAAUACAAACAAGGAGGAAAGGAAGUAAAGGCUUUCUUUCAGAUUUAUAUAUCGAAUUACGUGGAGCAAAGGGAACAUGACGUCGUUGAUCAACCGUUGCUGCUUUUAUGAAAUGUGUUUGCAAUGUAAUUUCACAAACUGUUUUUCCAAUGAAUCUCUGUUGUUGCUCAAAAAUGAAAUGAAUAAAGUUACAGUCAGAACAAUGUGCGACCGCAGUAUGAUAAUCACAAAAUGAAUGAAACAUCGGUGCCGUCUGGUUUCGGAUUUGACUCAUGCAUAAGCCAAUAGCUGCGAGCAUAACUUUAUCCAGCUUUAUCCAUUUAUCACACAAAUGCCCUGUGGGGCUGUUCCAUCGUAUAUUCCAACUCCUGCCAAGUUUCAGAAGCAGAAAGGGCUUCCUGUGGUAGAGAGCCAACACUGGCACAGGCCUCCUGCCAGGGAGCAGUGCCCCAGCGUCUCAAUGCACUCCUCCCUGCUCAGCCUGUGCAUCCCAACAUGGACUGCUGCUGUUUAGGAGCCAACGCCCUUUCUCCUUCUCCUCUAUCUCUCCCUCUGCAUUCUGCAUUGAUUCCAUCUUAUGUAGGCAAGAGAGCAAGGUGAAGAUUUUUAAAUUAUAUACAUAGAUGCCUUGAUUUUAUCUAAGUAUGUGAUCUGUAAUCAGAUCGCAGUGGCAACAAUGGCCUUAAAACAACCUAAGCUAGAAUCACACUCAGAGAGCGCAGACCCCUGCCAAGGCCAAGUGCCCCGUCUUACAAUGUUAAUGAAAGUGAAAAUUUAUUUGUGCAUCCGCCCACUCCAAGAUUUCAUUGGUUCUUCCUUGGCACAUGCUUCAUCCCUCCAUCACGGAACAUGGAAACCGGGUCUGUGAUCCUGCUUACUGAGAGACAAGCCAACAAACAAACAGAAAACAAAACCUCUGGUGGAGGUCAUAAUAAGUUAUUGAGACAAUACAGAGCUACAUCCCAUUACUUUUUUAAUAAAAUGCCGACAAAAGGCAAUAUUAAUAAUGAUGAAACUGAAUUUGCCAGCACUGGAUGAUUUGUCUCCUUAUUUGCUGCAGUUUACCAGCAUGAUAAUGCUCAAGAUUUCUACCAAUUCAGAUUUGUAACACUGAGCGCGUUUACAUGGACACAAUUAACCCGUCUAUGAUGAUCAUAUUCAGGAUGCGGUGUUCACGUGAGCACAGACUGAUUGAGUUAUUCAUAUUCCCCAUAUACAUGAAAAAUAAUGUGGUUACUGAUUAGUGCAGUGUGUUUGCGCAGAAGCCUGUGAUGUCUACAAAAACAAACCAACAACGGGAGAUGGGAGGGACAUGAAAUAUUAAACACUUCACUCUACAUUUACUACAACUUCCUGCUAAUUUGGAUGGCAGUGGAUGAAGACACGCAAGCUCUUUCAUUACCAAAAGACAAGACUGUUUAUUUCUGCUACAGAAGUGAGACGCUGUUGCUGCUGCCAUUUGUUAUGUUUCUACUAUGUGAUUUUGGUUGAAGCCUGUGGAGGUAGUUGGGGAUGUUCAGUAACUGGGAUGGGUCGUAUACAUGCAACAGUAUUACAGUUUCCUUUGGAGUACACCAAGUAGCAUAUUCGGGUCUCUCAUAUUUUCUAUUCUGUUCUAUUCGACUCUAAACGGGAUACUCCGGAAACCCGACCAUAACCUGGGUAUUUAUGUCCAUGUAAACACACUCAUUGCUGCCAUGUAGAGCUGCUAACAUGUAAUAUUUUCAAAUUCACAGCUUGAAACUCAGCUGAGUGAUUUUAAAUAACCUUAUUAUAAAUUAAUUGCUGUUAAGUGAAUUAUGACACCAGUGACUGGAAGUCAGCAUGUACCACUGUUGAUUAGUCACAUCAUGUUUACCCCCUUUUUUAUUUAUUUGCUCUCAACAAUCAGACAUUUGUUGUUUCAAGCUUUUCCUUUGAAGCCAUUCUCAGAAGGAGGUAGGUGUUGGGAACUACAGCUAAUGUGCACCAGGUGUGCCAGCUGAUUGGUCAGGAGCAUCAGUUAGGCUGAUGAUGUGUGUCAGCUGGCGCAUCUGGUGUAUAAAUGCCGUAAACAGGGUUGUAAGCAUGAACUGCAGGAGCUAGAAAAGCUAGUGGGCUAAGGAUAUUCAUCAAGGCUGUAAAUUACACAGCUCUUAUCAAACACGUUGCUGUCAUUAACCUCUAUCAUUGUCCUCACUGCAGCCAAGUAACAUCUCAUUCCUCUGUGCUGCUUGUAGAACGUCACUGUACUGUUGUUGAACUCGUCCUCUUUUGCUUCAGUUCACGCUCAGAAGCAUGAACACCCGGUGUGACCACAUCUUUACUCCUCCUGAGGGUCUUAUUUAAGUAUGACAGCAGACAGGCCUCUUGUUAUUGGAAUAAACUUUAUACUUACUGAAUAUCAGUAGCAAUCCUGAAUUGAUAUAAAAGUUGAAUCAUGUGAUUCAGUGCUGUUAUUAGUUUAAUGAGUUGUUUCGCCCAAAUUAUUUGUUUUUAAAUAGGCUAUUGGUGUCUAGUGGAGCAGAAAGUUGUGGUUUUAUUUGCACAGGUUUUGAGAUGUGCCCUUGAGACUUGUAGCCACCCCAGUGCAAUCAAGGUAAAGUACAUUUCCUUUGUGGUGCUUGAAGCAUUAAAAAUGCAUUUGAAAAAUUCAACAGCAAUGUUUCUUUUCAGACACGAUGUCCUUAUUACUCCGGGAAAUCCACACAUGCUUCUGUAGACAUUUUAGUUUACCUUGGGUAGCAGCCCAGUCACCAGGAUAAAAUAUUGGCGUACAUUUCUGCAAACCAAGUUACAUUCUGUGUGCAGUUUGCAUGUUCUCCUUGUGUCAGCCACAGUCCAAAGACGUGCAGGUUAACUGGUGACUCUAAAUUUCCCAUAGGUGUGAAUGUGAGUGGGAAUAGUUGUGUGUCUCUAUGUGUCAGCCCUGUGAUAGUCUGGCGACCUGUCCAGGGUGUACCCCGCCUCUCGCCCAGUGUCAGCUGGGAUAGGCUCCAGCCCCCCCACGACCCUGUACCAGCAUAAGCAUUUACGGAUAAUGAAUGAAUGAACACUGCAUUUGUAUGUUUCAUACGGUUCUCAUCAACGUCUCUAAAUUGACAUAGUUCAGAUUACAUGUACAGUAUAGUGUGAUGAGUGUCUCAUCAGAAGGAAGAGUGGGAGUGGAGGGUGUGAGACCUUGGUGAGACAUCUGCCAGCAGACAGCAGCAAACUACUGUUUGAGAACAAGACAGGUAUUUUAUUAACGAGAGUUUGCAACAUUUCCAGCCGUGGUUGUGGAAACAAAACCAGAUCUUUUGAGCCAAAACUAGAUGUUUUCAAGACUCUAAUCAAGCAUGGAUGUAUAAAGAGAACUGGAUCAAGGUGGGGCCCUGUUCAUUCCUAUGAAAGUUCCUUGGCACAUGAAGCCAGAAAAGUUAGAGUUCCCAAGUGUAAAAUUACCCAGAUCUCCCGCAUUAUUGGGCCUAUAGACCAAGCGCACCACUGAUUUUUACAAGCUGAGUGGCUAAUUUAGCCCUCCACUAAGUUGAAUGGGGAUAAACAGAUUUAGUCUUGCAUUUGAAAUGUCAUUGUAAUGAAUAGAUCAAAUCCCAAUAGGGAAGCAAGUCAUUUUGCGGUUGUGACACUCAAAAAAAUGUAUCCACUGAUUUACAGAUUUGUCUUUCCUAAUGUAAGUCUAUAGGUAAAAUUCUUUGUCGGCCCAAUGGCAUCACUUGACGAACCCGAAAGUUGAAAUCCCACUGUUUGGUCACCAUGAAAGUUAUAUUACAAAAAUUGCAACGUAAGGUAAAGUCUCAACAUAUCCGCUAAAUCUGAAACAUACGAAUGUAACAUAUCCAUGGUUUGCAGAAACAUAGAAUGCCAACAGUUAUUCCAGCGAUUGGGUUGUGGGUAGGAAAGGGUUCCUGUGAAUACUGUGGAAUAACCACCUGAAUAAUGGUGUUUUGUAUAUAUGUAAUUGUUGAAACUCUGUUCACCCCCAUUGUAUCUUAUUAGUGCAAAACCUGGGCAAUUAAAACCAAGACUAAGUAAGAAAACAUUGUUUUGUGAUUUGGUUGAACUGACCCUUUAAACAGAGAAUUAGCUCAACAUGAAGGAGAGGUCACCUUGCACAGUUUCAUGAACACAACGGUCGGACCUGGCAGUGCUGCCUGAAAAAAUACAUAAAAUAAAACGUCUGUCCUGCAGCUCAUUCAAAAUAAGUGUCUGGUGAAUGAUGAUACUGUGUAAUAUUUAGCACUAUUUUUGUAUCCAAAAACAUGUCUAAGGGAAAUGGCUCUGCUACAUGUUUAUCUUUUUUGCUGGUAGCCUGUUAUUUAAUGAGCAGUAUGGUGAUGUGUCAAAUAUUUUGCAAAAUUACAAAAAAAAAAAAAAAAAAAUCCAUUGCUUUUAACUGUUGUAAUUUCUCUGGGUCACGUUAAAACAUUUCUGGCUCAAUGCUUACUUUUAGUUUGCCUUGUAAAUAGUCCUUCUCAUGUUUAUUUAAAAAACUAAUAGACUGAAAGAGACUAAGUUUAAAAUGAUGCUGAAUUAAUAUACUGACAGUUUGUUGGAGUCGUUGCAGGUUUUAACCAGAAUCGUGGGGCUUGUAGAGAUAGUGUAACUGACAACUGUUGUAUAGAAAUGUACAUUUUUUUGUAAAGAUAUUUUUAUCAAAAGGCAUGUUUACUGUAACUUUGUAUUUUCAGUUCAUGUAUAAAAACAGUAUAUUCCAACUGUUGUAAGGCUAGAAAACUCAUCGUCAUUGUAGAUAACUACUUGUGUUCUUAUCAGUCAAUAAAAUGUUUGUGUCAUAUUUAACUAGUCAAAUGUUUCAAUGAUCGACACUUUAUUUUACAAUAAAUAUGAACUG